AUGGAAGAAAGAAAUGAAAGAAGGAAUACAGAAAGGAAGGAUGGAUGGCGUUUUUGUACGAGAAAGUUUUCGGACAGUAGUGAAGAAAGUAUAGUUAACAUAAAAACUGCAUCAAAAUGUUUUCUGCAUACAGCAUUUAUCGAAGAAAGAACUCAUGGUCUCGGCUCGUAUUCUGUUGCACUUUACAAUGGCUACCAAAAUGUCCUACCAUGUCAUUCGUAUGGUUAUCCAGCACCCUAUAUAGCAUGGGUGAGUAAUGGAGUGGUAUUACAGAAUAGAACCAGUGACCAAGACACUAAUCUUGUGGUUAUCGCAAAUGGAACGAAGGGAACAACAACGGACUAUGGAUGUUGGGCGAGCAAUAAUCAUGGCAAAGAUCUUUAUUCUAUCACAGCUACUCAUACAGGUCCUUAUGACAUGUGUAUAAAACCUGAAGAGGUGAGAGAUCCAAGCAGAAACAGAUUUUCAAAACAAGAUACAACGAAAGAAAUACAAAAUGAUAAAGAUUCCUUUGAUGCAAGUAAAAUGUACAGUUUUUUUAACCCGCUGAGCAGCCUGUAUAUGAAGGUACUGGUUGAACUGUUUUAUGUCAAGUGUAACGAAUUUAUUUCUGGUGUUCGUAAGAAGUCUGAUGCUUUGCUUACAUAUUAAAGAGCGUUUUUGGCAACGCGUACGCCAACCGGCAGUCAAUCGAGCUAUUAUCGAUGGCCAGUGUGGCGUCAGCAGUUCUUGCUGGAAAUCAAGAAGACAGUCAAUGUCGGCCGUAGUUAAAAAAUUCAUGUUCGUGAUUUCACACAAGAACGGCUGUCACCGUCACUCCCAUGCAACAGCCCGAUUGACUUUAAAAUAAUAAACAUAGUAUAAUACUGUAAUGUAAUUAUCGUCACUAGUCUAAGCUGUUGUCCAAUAAUAAGCCCACGGAGGGGCUUAUAUUCGGAGGAGAGGGGGCUUAUAUUCGAGAGGCCUACUUUGGGAGCCAAGGUCGCAUAAUUUCGCCCAUGCAUGUGCACCCAAUUUUUGAACUUUUCCUAACCGUCUAUUGGCUUAGUGUCGCCUAAUGUCGCCCAGUUUCGCCCAGCGACGCACACUACUUUUCUUUGAAAAUUGCCAAUGUCGCACGAUGUUGCACAUAAUAACGGCGACCUUGGCCCCCAAAACAGGCCUUUUGAGCGUUAAUGAAUACGUUAUAAACGGAGGUGCUUAUAUUCAGGUGGGCUUAUAUUCGGAGGUUUGCAGCAUGCCCCGUAAUAAACGCUUUCUCGUUUAUUGUAUAUCACUCCUAUCGUUUUCCAGCUUGCCACAUCAUGCCCACCUACUUCGUCUUGUGGCACAGGUGCCCCAGGCUGGCUGCCUGAUGGACAUCCUAAACCUGAGGACGGCAUGGUAAGAAGAAAAGUUUGCUUCCACUACGAUGGAAAUUGUUGUUAUAAAGCUCUCUACGUUGAUGUCAUUAACUGCCCAGGAAUGUAUGUCUAUGGUCUGGUGAACACUGUGUUUCUUUUCGCUGCCAGAUAUUGCUUCGAGGAUGAUAAAAAAAGUAAGUCUUCGCUUCUAUGUUAAAGUGCUUAUGCUGUUAUGCAACGAAAGUUCACAUCAUUUUUUUAUGAUUGCAUUAUAAAGGCCGACACGCACCAGACGCAAUUCGACAACGCGAUUUUUCGAUUUUCACUGACCGAUAACUUUGAUCCUGGUUCAAGUUUUUCAAAUAUUUAGAAGCGCUAUAACAUCUUGAAUUAUUUGGUCUACAUAUCUUUUAAAAUUUCAUUUUAUGAUUGGUCAGAUACUUUGCCAAAUUAUCUUAGCGGGGUGGGUGACGCCAACGCGUUGAUCGAAGGCCAACCGGCAAAUGAGUGAUCCUUUUGUUUUCACAGUGCUUUGAGACAAUGAAAUCGUGACCCAAUACCUGCAGUAGUCAUUAAUUUGACUAAUAGUCUGAUUAUUUUCAGGGACGCCGGAACUGGGGGGCAGGGGGGGGCGGCUGCCCCCCUUGCCUUUUGCUAGGGGGGCAGGGGGGCAGAAGUGCCCUUUUAGUCGUAAAAUACUACGUGAUAAAUCACAUUUCCAAUUAUGCUUUUUCUGGGAAAAUCAUGAGAUUCAGGUAAUUUAUAGGCCCAGAGAAAGUGAAUUAACAAAAAUAAUUGUGAAUUUGGUAAAGAAUGAGUUUAAUUUACAAAAAUUUUUUAACUUAAUGGAAAAUUUUGGUAUGUCGGGAAAAAAUUUUUGACCCCUAAAAUGGUACACUGACCGAAAUUUUUUUGGCGAGGGGAGGUCGCCCAAAAAAUUUCCAUGAAAAAAAAUUUUUCGGUAUAUUUUGAACUUUUGCUCUAUAGAGGUGCUCUUGGUGUGCGUCUGCCCCCCUUUGCCUUAUUAUCGUUGCGGCGUCCCUGAUUAUUUUGGUAUGAGUCAUCCAAAAACAGAGUCAUCAUUACCCGUGAGCGGAGUGAGCAUUAUUUUAGAAAAUAAACUUGAAAUAAAAAAUCUUGUCGGUGAAUUUUCCUGUCGGCCUAAUGUCUUGCCGGCCAAGUGUCCUGUCGGCUAAAUGUCUGUCGGUGAAAGGCCCUGUCGGUCAAACGUCUGUCGGUUUAGUGUCUGUCGGCCAAACGUCCGGUCUCUGUAAAUUAUCCUCUAUGAUGGAAAACAAUUCAGAACUGAUGGAGAUGUUCAGUGUAAACAAUAUUAGCAAGGUAUCUGCAAAGAGAGGCUUGACUCUAAUGUGUUUUACCUUCAUCUUUUUAGACGAGGCUUUCGCGCCAUUCCGAUCCGUCCCGCUGUUAUUCGCUCCAGUUGGUGGUUCAAACACUGCUUUGGUCAACCAUGUCAUUGUAAAGCAUCAUGGGAUAGAGGAUACCUCACAGUGUUUAAUUGUAUGCAUGAUGAGCAAAUGUCGAUCUCUUAAUUUCGACAAGUUGGAAAAAAUUUGCGAAGUCAAUGACGUCACCAAAGAUGAGUAUCCGCGCGACUUGACUGCGAAGGCUGGGUUCCAGUAUUAUCAUCCGAUGAGACAGCCCUUGGUUGUUAACAAGGGACGUAAUUAG